AUGCAUUGUCGCCCCCCGUGUCCAUUCGAUAGCCGUUGGGAUUUAAGGAAUGCAAGAAAGGAUGAAUUUUCUUAUUAUCUUAUUCGCCACGAAAGCGGAAAUCUAGUUUAUCCUUCAGUUAAUCUUUACGACGAUUUUAUCGGUUCGUGUAAAAAGUUUCAAAUUGUUGAGGAAUUGGGCAAAGUUAAUCCACUGAUAAUAAGCGAAAAUUUGGAAAAUAUUUUAAAGAAAAGGGGAACUGAGCCAAAUGAAGAUCGCCCUGAUGAUGCAUUUCAGCUAGGCCAAAUACUAUUUGAAAAAGAGAAUUAUUCCGAAGCAUUGAAUUAUUUUAAACUUGCUAUUUUGGGUCAUGACGAUCCCAGAGCAAAAUAUCAAAUUGGGGUAAUGCUAUUUGACGAUCUUCUAGAUAGUGAAGAUGUGAAGCAAUAUCAAGAUCCACAGAAAGCAGCUGUUUACAUUAUGGAGGGUUUGUUGUCAUUGGAUAGGGGAAUCGGGGCUCCUUUGGGAAAUGCUGAAAUUGUUGAAGCAGCUGCAUAUAACUUAUUUCUCGCCUAUGUCCACGGAUAUGGUGCUAAGAUGUCCGACGAAAAAGCGCUCCAUUACCUUAAAAUUGCUGCCGAAAGUGGGAAUACGAAGGUAUCCCUGAAGGCUCAAACGGCAAUGGGAUUAUUCUACUCAUCUUUGGAUCAUUUCGAUCUUGGCAAGGCCUUCUAUUGGCAUACUGAAGCCUGCCAAAAUGGCAGUAUUGAAUCUCAAGGUGGCUGCUAUCAUAACCGCGGAGAUACGGAUUUCACAUCCCAUCUUGUUUAA